GAAAUUUUAUUUUUGUUUAUUGUUUUUGUGCAAGUUUUGUUUAUUUAUUUGUAUUAUUCAUAAACAAUUAUUUAUUUUUGUGUUUUUUUUUUUUACAAAAUUGGAUUAUUUUAUUUGGUUAAUCUUUAAUUUAAUAUAAUUGUAAUUUAUUUUAAUGUCUUUAUUUUUAUUUAUUUAUUAUUAAAUUUCAAAUAAUAUGUCUCGAUUCAUAAGAAAAAUAAUUUGAAAAUAUCAAUACAAACGAAAUGUUUGAUUUAUGUUUAAUUAUUGAAAAAAAAAAUAAUUUAAAAUUCGGAAUUUAUACGUGAUUUAUUCUUUUUUUGCAAACGAUGUUUUGAAUUAUCAAAAAAAAAAACGUGAUUUUUAAUCAAUUUCAGAAAGACAAAUAUUUUUGCUAACUAUAUAAAUCCAGGUACAAAUUAGAAUAUUAGUCUAAUAUUCCGGUGCGUGUUUCAGUCCGAACGGUAUUGUCAAGUGACUUUUUCGCAAUUAAAUUUUUUUUUUUAAAUAAAAAGAACGAAAAAAAUAGUUUUUCUUUUGGAAAUUUAAAAAAAUUGUAUAUUUUCAUAUAUGUAUUUCAUAUUUUUCACUUUUUUUGUGCCUUUUACGCAAUGUAACAUUGAGCAUGAUUUCUCAAUUAUUGAUGAUGUAUCUGACUAUGAAAUUGUACCAAUUCGUCACAAAAGAGGCAGCGUGAUUUUAACAAUUCAAACAAUAAUAAUGGCUAAAGAGCAAAUAUUUUAUUUGCAACCAACUGAAGGUUUAAUUGCAGGUACAAAGACGAAUGUUUUUACUGCCAGUAGUAGUGCUCAAAAUAUUGUGAAUUUUAAAUUUCUACCAAAUGUGAUGAACAAUGUUUUCUUAAAAUUUUAUCAAGAUCCAAAAACUUCAUCAUCUAUUGUACACACCAUUAAUAAACUUGGAAAAUCUGAAUUUAAUGGAAUCAUCAAUAACAACAUGGUUAUACGUCCUAUGUUUGGUCAUUUUCGUGAACGUCGCGAUUUGUUGAAAAAAAAUUUUUCAUUAUUUGAAAAUGAUGACGAAGGUUUUAUAAAUACUGAUGAACAUAUAAUUUAUAGGCAAACAUUUAAUAAUGCUUCGAAACUUUUUACACCUAAAGUGUUCGAUGAUAAUAAAAUUAUGAAAUUCAAGAGUAUCUCCCGAAGAUCACUAGCGGAGAUUUCAAAUGUAGUUUAUCCGGAAAUUAUGAUUUUCAUUGACGAUCUACUUUUUAAAAAAUUUAAUUAUGAUGUGAUAAAAGCGAUAGAAUAUACUUUGAGUUUCUGGAAUGGAGUUGAUUUAAGAUACAGAGAAUUUGAAAACCCAAAGAUUCGCCUCUAUGUUACCGGAAUAGUAUUACUUAAUGAUCCACUGUCAUUUGUGAAUAAUGCAUUCAGCAAUAUUUCCGAAGAAAUGGUAUAUUCGGAAAUAAUGUUGCACGAAUUUAGUAAAUUUUUACAUGAGAUUAAAUUCAUUCCACCAAAGAAGAAUUAUGAUAUAUCCCUACUUAUGACUGGAAGGGAAUUGUUGCUUAAAGAUUAUGAAAAUAGAAGAACAGCUGGUAUGGCUUUUACUGCUGGAGUAUGCAGACAUGAAGAUGAUAAAUACUACUCUUCUGGUAUUGUUGAAGAUAAUAAUGGUUUUCAAGGCAUUAUUGCUGCUGCCCAUGAAUUAGCUCAUAUAUUUGGUGCACCACAUGAUGAAGAAGAUUUAGAUUUUGUUAAAAAUGGUACUAAACAUUGUCUAAAAGAGGAAGGUUAUAUUAUGGGUGAUAUUAGUUAUAAUAAAAAUAGAAUUUUAUUUUCUUCUUGUUCUAAAGAAGUUAUUGGAAUUGUUUUAAGUGAAGAUUUUACAAAAUGCAUUCGAAAUAAUCCAGCAGAAUAUAAAAAUAAUGAACCAUUAGCAAGAAUAUUACCCGGUGAAAUAAUGUCUUUAGAUGAACAAUGCCAAAAUCUUGGAUACACAAAAUGUUACACUGAAAAAACAACUUGUUUAGAGUUAUACUGUAUACACAAAAACAUGGCUUGGUGGGUACGUAAAAUACCUCCAGCCGAGGGAUCUUCUUGUGGUGAUGGAAAGUACUGCUUAUCUGGUCAGUGUGUUGAUAUUAUUUAAAAUAAUUCAAAAAAGAGUCAAUCCAUUUCAACCAAAACUGUUGACGCCUAUUUUUUUCAAAAUUCUAUUUUAAAUAUAAAUUAUUUUUUUUUUAUAAUUGUUCAUAACUAUUUUAAAGUUCAACAUUUCUUUUGAUUAUGAGUUGUAAUUAUUUAAUUAUAAAGUAAAUUAAUUUGUUGUGUCAAAUUUACACUUUUUGGAAAUAAAUUUUUUCUA